AUGUCGAUGAAUAUGAUGUCCUCGAGUGCUCCUGGCUCAAACUGGAACCAUGCACCGGUGGAAGUGGAACAGACGAGAAAAGGUGAGCUGCUAACCUUGGUGCCAAAGCGAUCGCGAUGUGCCGUUUCAAUGCGUGCCGAUGACACGGAUAAAUGGGGCAAUGAUACACUCGAUCAACGUGAGGACUAUCAGCUUGUGCUUAAAGAUUCUUCGAUCAAGGACGAAUUGCUGAAUCGCCUGAAUACGUUCAGAUGCAACAGGGAGCUCUGCGAUAUUGUUCUUUUUGUUAGGGAGAAGGAAAUUUUUGCUCACAAGGUCGUACUGGCUGCCGUGUCGCCUGCUCUCUUUGAUAUGUUCUUGAGAGACAACGAGGACGAGAACAGUUCGAGCCCUAAUGAACAUACGGAGAAUGGUCACGAAGCUGGUCAACAAUUCACCACUACGCUAACUGUCGCACCCUCGACUAAAAAACCAAUGGCGUAUUUUGACUUCACCCAGACAGAUUACGAAUGCUUCGAAGCGCUUGUCAACUUUGCUUAUACCGCAUGUCUGGAAAUAAGCUCGAAAAAAGUAGCUGAACUUUACAAGACAGCAUUUGCCCUUCAAAUGACUCCAGUUGUCAAGGCAUGCGCACAUUUUCUUGCGGAUAACCUUAGUUUGAAAAAUUGCAUCGGGAUUCGGCGGCAAGCAAAUUUCAACGAUGACAAAUAUUUGCUGAGCAAAGUAGAUGCUUUCAUUCAAGAAAACUUUGAGAAAAUUGUGAACGACAGCGUAGAAUUUACUCAGUUACCCUGUAUUAAGACUCGAAUUAUUGUACCGAAGGAUGACGGUCGACGACCUGCUAGCCUUGAAAAGGGUGCCUUACUCGCCCAAAGUGCUCUUGAUUAUUUCAACCGUAUACCUCAUGACAGAGUAGAGCACUCUAUUGAAAAGCUCAUACACAAGACUUCAUUACUUUAUAUGGAGGACGACCAAAGACUUACGGAUUGUGCGGAUAUCGAUGACAAAUCUUCCGUGGGAAGCUGCGAUAUAAUCCAAGAUUAUAAGAGAAGCGGCAAGGAGGUGGCGAAAGCAAUGACGAAUGGUGCCAUGGAUUCAUCGUUCACAGCUCCUGUCCAGCACCGUGUCACCGGAGCAGUACCGGUGCGGUUGAAUGCGAGUCUUGUGCCCAAUGUGCGCUACUCCUCUACAGAAAGUCUCAAUUCAUUGGAUUCUGCCGAAAGUGACCCGCAAGAUACAAUUGAAACCCGCCUCAUCGCAACACAUCAAACAUCACCCGACUACUGGGUUGCUCUAGCGGUUUUGUACCGUCGACUUGUCGUACUCAGUAUUCAGCUAACUGAUGAUGAAGAUAUAACAAAAAACAAGUCGUCUAACGGUAAUAGUAUGGAUCCACAAAAGAAUGUGCUGCUCUCUCGCUUGAUCUCGUGUACCGGUAGUCAACGUCGACCGCUUGCCACUAUGAAUGGAGCUCGCUGCUCAAUUGGAGCCUCGUUCCUCAACGGGAAAAUAAUUGUUUGCGGCGGUUAUGAUAGAGGAGAAUGUCUACGCUCAGUAGAGGAAUACGACGUCGUUCGUGGUGAAUGGAAGCAGUUGCCAUCUAUGAAUGGUGAGAGAGGCCGAUUCGACAGUGCAGUUCUUAACGGAAAGAUAUACGCAGUGGCUGGAAGUAAUGGUAAUCAUGAUCUGAAAACAGCUGAAGUCUACAACCCAAAGCUCAACCAAUGGUCCGCGAUUCCUUCCCUCAAUAAAGCAAGAAGCCACAACGGGUGUGCUGCUCUCGACGGUUUUCUAUAUUGCGUUGGUGGAUCACUAGAUCAGCAAGUUUUGAAGGAUUGUGAAAGAUUUGACGAAUCACGACAGGUCUGGGAACCAAUUGCUUCUAUGGAACUGGCACGCUUCCAAGCAGGAGUUAUCGCUUGGCGCGGUUUAGUUGUUGCAUGCGGUGGAUGUGACCGGUGGAACUGCAUGGAUUCUGUUGAAGCUUACGACCCGAAAACUAACAAGUGGCGAAUGUUGGCCAAAAUGCGAACCGCUCGACGGGGAUGUGCCGUGGCUGUAAUUCGAGACACGCUGUACGUGAUCGGUGGACACGACGGGCAACAGUCGCUCUCAUCUGUUGAAGUGCUCGAGCAUCCGGCCGCCUCAUGGCGUCCCGGACCUCCCCUCACCACGCCUAGGGCAAAUACGCAUGCGGUAGUAACGGCUGGUAACGUGAUCUACGCUAUUGGCGGAUUCAAUGGAAAUCAGUUUUUGAAUUCGAUCGAACUGAUGGAUAGUGAACUGGUUGGAUGGCGUAAUUGGCAGUUGGUGUCGGAUCCUGUCCAUUGA